ACACAAACACUGUCACUUCUCACCCAACGUCACUCAAAUCAAAAUUCCCAUUUUCACCAUCACACCAAAUUCUCACAUCCACAUUUCAAAAUUAAUUCGCAUUGCUAAUCUCACAAUACCAUCAUACCAUAACGUGUUCUUAGAAGUACCUCGCCCGAAAUGCCGUGCGGCUGCGGCAAGGCCGCUCCCGGCUUCGGCGACGAAUACAAAAAGAAAAAACCCCCCUGCAGCUGCCAGCAAAUAGCUGCCGGCAUAGCCAGCUGCUGCAAGGGCGGCCAGAGACCCGACCCCAAGGAGCCCAGCUGCUACUGCAAACCGGCGCCCCCCAAGCAAGUCGACAUAGUAAAAACUUGCAAGUGCAACGAGCAAGACGAUCUCGACCUAAUCGACGAAGGACCCGAGAAGAAGGAGGAAGAACCCCCGCCACCUCCGUCUGACGAUUCCAAAAAGAAGAAGAAAAAGAAGAAGAAGAAGAAUGGCGGCGGAAAAUGCACGAAAUUCUCCAUCAGGCUCUCGCCCGAGCAGCUAGCCGCCACCUGCUUCUGCGGCGACGACUGCGACUGCAAGGUCUGCACCUGCAGACCGGAGACGUUGUGGAACUGCACCGAUCCGGAGGAAACCGAAGAGUGCUGCGUACAGCUCGAGGGCGACAGCAAGUGCAAGAACGGCAAGGGCCAGCCCAUGAAGUACAUGCUGCGGCUGACGCCCGAGCAGCUGUCGGCCGCCUGCGACUGCGAGGAGGGCUGCGACUGCGAGAAGUGCGUGUGCUCGCUGAAGCUGAAGUGCUGCCGGGUGAUCUGCCUGCGACGCAUGACCACCGUGAAGACGUGCAAGUGCGUGUGUUUCAAGUCGCUGGACGGCGAGGGCGGCGAGGGCGGCGAAGGCGGAGAAGGCGGAGAAGACGGCGAAGGCGGCGAAGGCGAUGAAGAGGAAGACGAAGACGAGGACGGUGACUUCCUGGGCGACGCCAAGGCGUCGGCCUUGCCGAAGGUGUCGUGCAAGUGCAAGUACAUCAGGUCGGCGGUGGAGAAAAUACAGGCGAAGAGGCAGCCUUGCGGGCCGCCGCCGCCGCCCAAGUGCUGUCCCAGAUGAGCGAGGAUUUUUUAUCCAUGCUAUUUGUAUUUUGAUUUAUUUUGUAAGAACACAAUAUGUAUCAUACAAUCGAUUGCAUCGUCCACUAAACUUUGUUUUAUUUCAAUUUUGGGUUUUGCGUUAAU